GUAGCAAAGCCUGCUCUCUCUUAUCACAAACACGCAUAAAAAUAUACUCGCAUCUCAUUCCCUUCUUUCAUGUUUUCAUUUUAUAUUUAUCCAUUCAUAAUUUACUUAAUCCGGAAGACUUUUCAGCCUUUAUGAACCCAAAAAAUCUCUUCCUCAUUUUACACUACUAUUUCACUCACCUUCGGUUUCAGUGCACCCCUCCCAACACCUACACUGCUACUCUACAUAUAUUAAUAUAAUAUAUGUCCUGCAUGUUAUCUUUCACCUCAUAACACCAGCCUGCUUGUUUAUACAAAAUUUGAUUAUCUCUCUCUCAACUCUCAGUGUUUUUACGGAAAGAAAAGAAAAGAAUUAGGAGAUGCUGGCUAUAGAAGAUAUAGUAAGUGAACUGAGAGGAGGAGGAGAUGUGAAUGAGCAAGGGAUGCCUCCAGGGUUUAGGUUUCACCCUACUGAUGAAGAGCUCAUUACCUUCUACCUGGCUUCCAAGGUCUACAAUGCCUCCUCUCUCUCUGCUCUGCACAUUUCUGAGGUUGAUCUCACCAGAUGCGAGCCUUGGGAACUUCCGGAUGUGGCAAAAAUGGGGGAGAGAGAAUGGUACUUGUAUAGCUUGAGAGACAGGAAAUACCCAAGUGGGCUAAGAACCAACCGAGCCACAGGGGCUGGCUAUUGGAAAGCAACUGGAAAGGACAAGGAAGUUUACAGCAGCAGUACUGGUAAUUCUGGCAAUGCUGCCCCUGCACUUGUUGGGAUGAAGAAGACUCUUGUUUUCUACAAAGGCAGAGCUCCCAGAGGUGAAAAGACCAAAUGGGUCAUGCACGAAUAUCGCCUUGACGGUCACUUCUCUUGUCGUCACACUUGUAAGGUAACACGCCUUGACGGUCACUUCUCUUGUCGUCACACUUGUAAGGAAGAAUGGGUGAUCUGCAGAAUAUAUCUGAAAUUGGGAGAAAAGAAAAACGGAGUCCUGCCUGUCGAAGAGCGAAGCAGCUAUAUGCAAGAAGCUUCAAACUCAAGUCUGUCUCAUUUGGUUGAUCAAACUAUAAAAACAGGACCAGCAUUACAGCCUUACAAAACAUUACUGCAGUCCCUCCAAAACCAGAACCAACUAAACAUGAGCCAUAUCACACAUGAAAGCCACCUUAAAUCUCUAAUAAACAACCAAUCAUCAGUUGGAGCUGUGGUGCCACAGUUCCAGACAAACAGUCUUGUUUUAAAUGGACUCCAAACAUCCUUUUCUUCACCCACAGAAACCAAAGACAAACAAGACCCUAAACUCCUCAACACUCUCCUCUCAUCACAUCAGGAUUACUAUUGUUUUAACAAGCAAGAAGCUCCUCCGUUUGCUAAAAUCUGCAAAACAGAGCCCAACUUUUUACAUUUCCACUUACCUCAUUCUAAUGAUCACCCACAAACUCCCAAGUUUCAGCCACUCCUCCCCACUAAUCACACAGAAAAUCCCUUGGUUUUUACAAACUUGGAUGGUGCUAAUUGCAGGUUUUCAGACUGUGAUAUGUCCAUGGCUUUAUCAUCAUCUUGUUCAGAAGUGGUGGCUUUAAACAGGGCUAGCUUUAAGCAGAUGUUGCUUGAUCCUCCUACAAACAUUGCAGCAGCAGCAGAAUCUUGGCCUUUUCACUUUUAAUGUACUUUGUUAAUUUAAUGCAGCCCACAAAUCCUGUUUAGACUUUAUCAAAGUUUUAUAGUUUGUAACUUUAUCUGCCUACUGCAGUACAUAUAAUGACAAAUGUAAUGCUGUAAAUGCUGAGGGGAUGCAAAACCACUCACGCACGUAAACGGGUAGUCUAGUACACAUGUAAAAACAUGUUGCCUAGUGAUUCUAGGCUUCUAGAGUUCCAGGUAAGGUAUAAAAGUUCAAAUCCAAACGGGUUUUACGUAUCAAAUCCAAUCCCAAAUUCACAGGUUUCGGAUC